CACAUGUUAGUCUCUUGUUGUUUUGAUUCUUAGAAAUUAUUUAAUUUCUAAUAGAAUUUACUAAUUGUUUUCUAUUUUUUUUUCCUGGUGUUGAUUUGUUCAUUUUUCGAUUUAAAGUUGACUUGGUUGUUCUUUGGGUAGAGUUUUGUAUUCACCAUGACUGAGAUAUUGUUGAGUGAAGGUGAAAAGUGUUACCUUAUCCAUGGAGUUAAUGAUAAUUUUAGGAUUGAUGGAAGAUCUUGUUGGGAUCGGAGAGAAAUUGAUUUAGAGACUAAUUUGUUGGCAAGUUGUGUUGGUUCAGCUCAAAUUCGUUCUGUUAAUUGUUCAGUUUUGGUUGGUAUUAAAAUGUCUCUUGUUCCUCCAGAUCCUGGUCGUCCAGGUAAAGGUAAAGUUGAAUUUUAUGCCGACGUUUCGGCAAAUGCUGACCCAUUGUUUGAAGGUCGAGGUGGAUCAGCGAUGGUCGGUGAGAUUGUUUCUUUUUUCGAAGAUUCUUUCAAAGAUUGUUCAAUCUACGAUUGUCUAAUGGUUGUCGAAGGAAAAUCAGUUUGGUGCCUUUCGAUUGAUAUUCUUAUCCUUGAAGUUGGAUCAAAAGCUUCUCUUUAUGAUUUAUGCUCGCUAGCGGUCAAAGCUGCUCUUCAUGAGACAAGAUUACCCAAGGUCUACGUUAAUCCAGAUACAAUGGAAAUAGAGAUUCCUGAUGAUCCUUUCGAUGUAAUCAGUUUAGAUGUGUCUCAAGUUCCACUUUUUGUCACCGUAACCCGAAUUGGAAACAAUUACAUCAUUGAUCCAACUCAAGAAGAAGAAGCAUCAAGUAUAUCUAGUUUAUUAUUCUCAAUAAACGAUUGUGGUACUUUAUUACAUUCGAAAAAAUUAGGAUUCGGAAGUCUUCAUAGUGAACCAAUUAAAGAACUGAUACCAAAAAUAUCUCAAGUCUCCUUAGAGCUUCACAAUUUCAUAAAAUCUAAAGUCUCAACCAAUUGAUAGCUCAACUCAUCUAAAAUCAUCAACAAUUAAAAUCAACUCUAUUUUCUCAAUGAUUACUGAGUAAUUUUAUACAAACUAAAAAAAAAAGAAAAGAAAACCAAUCAAUGUUAUUUUUUCACCUUUAUUUCAUUUCUUUCAGAAAGAACAAUCAACUUUAAUUAGUAACCUAAUAUGAAACAAGACAUUUAGUUAAUUGUUUUCAUGAUUCUCUCUCGUUCUCACUCAAUUUUCUUUAUGGUUAAAAAGAUUUUCCAUUUCAAUGAAAUUUACACUAAUAUUAUUUCAAUUUUUUCGGCGGAAUAAAACACUCCUUUUAAUUUAA